GUCAUUUUUAUAUCUAAUUUACACAGUUUUUACGUUAACUUCGGCGCCUUUUAGUUUUUUAUGGUCGUUCGGUCGUUAUCGAGUGGAAACCGUGCGUCUAAAUGUGAAAAUGUGGGCGUCGGAGGAAGAUAACCUGCGCGGGGCUCGGGGCGCGCUCGUCACGUAACGUCGGGAGUGCCCCGAUGGUGUUGCAGAGCGCGAUGGUGCUGAGUACCGAGUGGGCGCAAGUGGAAGUGGUCGAGCUCACCAACGACGGAAACGGCCUGGGGUUCAACCUGGUCGGCGGGCGGAGCACCGGGGUCGUCAUCAAGUACAUCCUACCUGGCAGCGCCGCGGACAAGGACGGCAGGCUGCAGAGCGGCGACCACGUGCUACAGGUGGGCUCAGUCAAUCUGCGCGGCUUCACGUCGGAGCAGGUGGCGUCCGUGCUGCGCCAGGCGGGCCCCACCGUGCGCCUGCUGGUGGCGCGCCCCGCCGACCCGGCCGCGGCCCUGCGAGCCCCGCUGCCUGGCACCGCACUCGUGCCCACCAAGUUGCUGGCGGACCCUGAACUACUCGACCGACACCUCAUCGAAAGUGGCUACGGUGCUGUGUACGAUCUCUCCCAGUGCUAUGUUGACACCGAAUAUGUCAAUGGUGAAGAUGGCGAUUCGGAAAAUCUUGUAGCCGCAGCUGUCAGCAUCAUCGGAGACAACCCGCAACAGAUCCCCGACCAUCCUAUUAUCGCUGGUUGUGUAUCUCCCACCAUCACUAUCACUGUACCUGUAGAAAUACCAGAUUUACCUGAAGUUGAAAUUAUCCAUGUGGAUCUGAAUAAAAAUGUUUAUGGUUUAGGGAUCACAGUAGCCGGCUAUGUUUGUGAGAAGGAGGAACUGUCAGGUAUAUUUGUGAAGAGUAUUAUAGAAGGAAGUAGUGCAGAACAGAGUGGUAAAAUUAGAUUAAACGACAGAAUUAUUGAAGUGGAUGGUGUUUCUUUAGCUGAUAAGAGUAAUCCCCAAGCUGUGGAGUUGUUGAGAAACACGGGCAUCUCGGUUCAUUUAGUCUUAGAGAGAUACCUGCGAGGUCCAAAGUUUGAGCACCUACAGCUUGCCAUAUUCAACGAGGAGCGGCCGCCGUCGCCGUCCUCGUCGACCACAACCCUCUCCUGGUUUCCAGUGCCUUCCCAAGCAGAUAAUAGUACAACUGAGAUAGAGCCUGAACCUGAAUCUAACACUACCAUAGACUCUAGUGUGCUAGAAGUUGGUGAUAUUGAUGUGAAUGAGCCCACACAGGAAGAAUUAGACAAAAGACUUGACGAAAUAUUAGCUGUAGACAUAGAAGAAGUUAAAAAGCGGUGGCAGGCUGAAAUUGGACUAGAGAAGCAGGUUAUUGUAGCAGAAGUCCUUAAACUUGAAGGUCUGGGCAUCAGCCUUGAAGGAACUGUUGAUGUAGAAGGAGGUCAGGAGUUAAGGCCUCAUCAUUACAUCAGGUCAGUCCUUCCCGAAGGCCCAGUGGGCCAGCAAGGGACAUUGAUAGCUGGAGAUGAAUUACUGGAAGUUAACGAAUACCGUCUACACGGGCUGACUCAUACAGAGGUAGUGAAUAUUUUGAAGCGUCUCCCAAACCGUGUGAGACUAGUCUGUGCCCGGAGUUCGACAGAAAGUGGCCCUCGUCCUGUUAUAAACCUAGCACCAGAUAGAGAAGGAUUUGAAGCUAGAAAAAUAAUAUCAGGGAGCCUGAACAACCUGACAACACUGGUGAAGGCUCAGUCUGAUACUUCCAUCAACACUUCCAGUACUGCCACCCUGACCAACCACUCAGGUCAUUCAAGAAAGUCCCGUUCCUUAGAGUGUGUGUCAGGGUUAGCCAUGUGGCAGAGUAAAGAGGAUAUUGUGGAGCUUGUGAAGGGUGACCAAGGUCUUGGGUUUUCUAUACUGGACUAUCAGGACCCUGUCGACCCUCACGGCACAGUGAUUGUGGUGCGAAGUCUGGUUCCUGGUGGUGUGGCGGAGAAGAAUGGUCAGAUAUCUCCUGGUGAUCGAGUGAUGUCUGUAAAUGGUAUUAGUAUUAAGAAUGCGACUUUGGAUCAGGCUGUGCAGGCGCUGAAGGGUGCUUCGCGCGGCGUGGUGAAGGUGGGGGUGUCCAGGCCUCUGCCCCCGGACACAAUGAAGUCUAAAAGUACAACCACACUCAACACAAAACCAAGUUAAUCUUAGCUCUAAAUUAUUAUGUUCCUGUCUUGUGUUGUUGUACAUCAUUUGAUAAUUUAUAUACUCAAGUCAACAACAAAUCAUCAUAAAAGUCAAUCAUAAAAUAUAACAGAAAUUUGUUCAUAAAAUUUAUUUACUCUUUUAUGAACACUGUAGUUAGGUACUUAUGUUUAUUUACUUUGAAGAUGUACUCGUACAGUCAUGAGCAAUAUCAUGUACCUACUUUAGAACCCUGUCGCACUAUCAUAUAUUUGACAUUUAAUGAGACUUACAAAAAAAGUUAAUGUGACAGGGUUUCACAGUGUAUACAUAUUAGUACUCGUGACUGUACUAAUACAUGUAUUUAAUUUCUAUCAAAAACAAUAUUCUCCUUAAAAUACAAAAGUGGUGUAUAACAAAACAGGCCAGACUAUACUAGUCAAAGUUACAACCAUAUCUAACAAUUUACAUAAUAUACGCUUACUUAAAGCUGAGCUUGGUGUCACAUAUCCAGCGUUCAAAAUGCGUCGGCGCACUCUAGAAACAUGCAGAUUGAGUUUUAUAAAGAACGGGAUUUACCGACUGUUGAAUCAUGCGUGAACUCUUAAUUAUUUAAGUUCGAGUUCUAAAGACGCAACAUGCAGCAAAGAAAAUUUUAUAAACAUUGAAUACACUUAACUUGAAUGCUCAACUUGUAAUUUUCAACACACCCUCAAACUAAACCUACCUUUAUGGUAAUACUGAUUCUGUUUGUCAGGCGACAGUUACGGGAGAUAUUACAGUGAAUUGUUUCAAUUUCAUACACAUUAAAGAGGCCAUUAAUAAAUAUCAAAUAGUUACCAUCUCUCCUAAUAGCUGGGUGGAAUACCUAUAAUUGUAAAUGGAUAUGUUUUGUCGCCUAUUGCAGAUAAUAUUUUAUUUGUAACAUUAUUAAAAUUGUAUAAUCAGUAACAUAACAAAAGAGAGAAUACCUAUUUUAAAAAAUGAAACUUAUAGUCACUGGAACCUUAAGUUCAUAAUUUAUAGUUGAUUUCAAUGUUAGGUAUCAUAGGCGUUAUGUAAAACACCAGCUCAUAAUAUGUGGACAGAGCUCAAUGAUAUAAAAUACAAUAAUAAUUUACGCUUUACUAGUUAGAAGAUGUAAGUUAUCUUGUAAGGUUCACCAUACCCUUUGGUAAUGCACAAAUUUUAACGCAUCCUUUUUACAUAAGUAAAUAUGAUGAAACCUAGGCUAGUGGGAAAACGUUCAAACUUUGAAAGUUCUCGAAUACCAAUAAAUAUUCA